AAACAACCCAACAGAAUUUAAGAAUGACAGUGGAUUAAAAAAGUCAGAUUUAUUUUUGUGCCUUGGAUUUGUGAGUAGAUUAAAUAAUUGAAAAGGCUAGGCUAUUAGGUCAUCAUUUCUGUGUUACAGCUGUCCAGUACAAAUCGCCGGACACUGCAUGGCCUGUUGACUGAGUAAGAGAGGCAGAGAAAAUCACUGUGGGUAGCAGAAGAACUGUCAACAAAAUGUGAAAAGGAAUUAUGAUCAAAUGGAAAAAAUACUCUGCAUUUAUAAAGCAGCAAUUAGCAGAGGUCCAAUGGUAAUUAGAAUUGCACUUGCUGGAUAAAUGCAUUGAUACAUACGCGACUGUAGCCCUAACGGCAACUUUGCCACAGUCACCGCUUCACUUAAAACUGAAGCAUCUGCAAGACAAGUGAAUAACCAUGAAAGGUGCGAUGCUUUUGGUUUCAAGUGUUGUCUUCCUAACGCAUUUGGUGAACUGCUGCCCCACAAAAUGUCAGUGUCAUCAAUUUUCAAAGACAGUAGACUGUAGGAACCGAGAACUUGUUGAAGUCCCUUCCCACAUACCUGCUGAAACUCAAAUAUUACUGUUGUCGAAUAACCACAUUCAGAAAAUCAAUCACAGUGUUUUUAUCGAUAAAACGAUGCUCAAAAUUCUGGAUUUAUCGAAUAAUUCCAUCUCAGGCCUGUUGCCUCACACUUUCAAAGGACUGCGGCAUCUACAGAUUCUAAAUGUGACGAGAAACUUUAUUGAAUAUGUAGACAACAAGACUUUUAGUUCCCUCCCACACUUAAAAGAACUGGAUUUAUCAUCCAACAAUAUUGUAAGUCUGCCUGGAAAUCUAGGAAAUAACACAAGGAACAUAACUUUACUCUCUCUGAAGCAUAAUAAACUUCAGAAAGUAGACAGACAUCUGUUAGAAUCACUCCCAAAUCUGAAAGUUGUCCUUUUCAAGGGUAACUCCUGGCUAUGCAACUGCCAUGUCUUUGGCCUUAAAUUGUGGCUAGAGACUUUUUUAUAUAGAGGAGGAAUUAGUGAUGGUGUGAUCUGCUCGACACCUGAAAACUGGAAGGGAAAGGACCUUCUCAAAAUCCCUUAUGAGAUGUAUGGGAUCUGUCCUCGUACAGCUUCUCAAGUAAAAAAGGACAACACUCUUCUCUCAAAUUCAGAGCAUAAAGCCUCUCUGAAGCAUACCCAUCACAAUGAACAUGGAGACAGCAGCCGCUCACACUGUGAACCUAAACCAAAGCCACGACCUGUUAGCUUGCGUCAUGCAAUUGCCACUGUAGUCAUAACUGGAGUGGUCUGUGGAAUUGUAUGUCUCAUGAUGCUGGCAGCUGCUGUGUAUGGUUGUGCCUAUGCUGCUAUUACCGCAAAAUACCACCGUGAACACUCGCCCCCUGGCAAGAAGGGGAAUCUUGAUGGAAAAGAGCCAUUUAGGAGUUCAUUGGCUUGAGUCAUGCUUUUUGUGAACAAAUACUUUUUUUUAGUUACAGGAGAGACGUUCAAAAUAGGAUUGAGUUGCUGGUUGCUUUUAUGUUUUGAUUUUCACAUUAAAAUGUUUGCAUAUCAAA